AGAGCAAGUGGCUGCCUAGCACAGUGCAAACGUCUGCCUGUCUCACUCCUCCCAUCCUGCUGCUCUGGGCUUGAGGCAGAUCUGCUCCAGAAGAUACUCUCAGAGCUGCUGCAGUUUGUUGACACAGUGGAUGAAUGGCUAGCUGAACUCCUGCCCAAACUCUGACAUUACCCACAUCCAUCAGAGGGAGAGGACACAGAGCUCUUGCAAGCACAGACUGAUCACAGGGACUUCUCCUAAUGCACCAAGAAACACUCUCAUUCUUUUUGGGCUAUAGUGGAGUGGAUAUUAUUACACUUUCUGUAAUGCCAUAACACAAGCAACUUCAUUUAGUGCUUACUAUCUCCUGGACGUAGACUGGAUAACUGCUGGCAAAUUCCUUAUCUACAAACAGCUCUUAUCUCACUGGGACUCCCUUUACUUGCUGCACAGCUAAAAGCUAAAAUUCUCCAGAACGAAGGUACCAUAUACAGUAGCAUGAAAGGGAAGCAUCGGAAAUGUGCCAACAGAUGGAUAAAACCACAACAUUUUUCCACAAUGUUAUCAAUUAUUUUACUAAUGUUUCUGCCAGCAACUGACUGCUUGAAACCGAAUAUUCCACGACUCAAGCUUUCCUACAAAGAUCUUGUGUUUGCAAACAGCUGUAUUCCAUUGCUGGACUCAGCGACCGCCCGUCCAGAAUUUCAAACGAUACUACUCGAUGAGGAAAGGAGUGCUCUGCUUCUGGGGGCGAAAGAUCAAAUCUAUCUGCUCAGUUUGGUUGACUUAAACAAAAAUAUAAGAAAGAUUUCUUGGCCUGCAGCUAAAGAAAGAGUGGAAUUUUGUAAACUUGCUGGGAAAGAUGCCAGUUCUGACUGUGCAAAUUUCAUCAAAGUCCUUCAUCACUACAACAAAACCCAUGCGUAUACGUGUGGCACCGGAGCAUUCCAUCCUUUAUGUGGAUACAUUGAACUUGGAUCCCCCAAAGAGGAAAUAGUGUUCAGGCUAGACACACAGAACUUGGAGUCUGGAAGGCUGAAAUGUCCCUUUGAUCCUCAUCCACCUUUUUCUUCAGUAAUGACAGAUGAGUACCUGUUUGCCGGCACAGCUUCGGAUUUCCUUGGUAAAGACACCACCUUUACACGUUCUCUGGGACCACCUCAGGAUCACCACUUCCUCAGAACCGAUAGUUCUGAUCAUUAUUGGCUUAAUGGAGCAAAAUUUGUUGGAUCAUAUUCCAUCCCGGACACAUACAAUCCAGAUGAUGACAAGAUUUAUUUCUUUUUCCGUGAAGCAUCUCCUGAAAGCAGCUCUUCCGAUAAAGCUAUAUUUUCCCGUGUUGGAAGAGUUUGUAAGAACGACAUUGGUGGCCAACGCAGUUUGAUUAAUAAAUGGACAACCUUUCUCAAAGCACGUUUAGUGUGUUCUAUUCCUGAUCCAGAGGGAGGUGACACUUAUUUUGAUGAAUUACAAGAUGUAUUUUUGCUUCCUACUAAGGAUGAAAGAAACCCUGUUAUCUAUGGAAUCUUCACAACAACAAGUUCUAUAUUUAAAGCCUCAGCUGUGUGUGUCUACAGUAUGGCUGACAUAAGAGGAGUAUUCAAUGGUCCAUAUGCCCAUAAAGAAAGCCCAGAUCAUAGAUGGGUGCAAUAUGAUGGAAGAAUUCCUUACCCUCGUCCUGGUACAUGCCCAAGCAAAACCUAUGACCCUGUUAUAAAGUCUACAAAAGAUUUCCCUGAUGACGUAAUAACCUUUGUAAAAAACCAUCCCCUUAUGUACAAGGCAGUAUAUCCUCUCCAUGGGAGGCCGGUAUUCACCCGACUUAAUGUAGACUACAAACUGACUCAGGUUGCAGUGGAUCACGUUGUCGCCGAAGAUGGUCAAUAUGAUGUCAUGUUUCUUGGGACAGAUAUUGGAACAAUUCUCAAAGUAAUCAGUGUUACAAAAGACAUCUGGAACAUGGAAGAGGUUUUACUGGAAGAGCUGCAGAUAUUUAAGCAACCGUCUCCUGUUACAAAUAUUGAGCUAUCACUAAAGCAGCAACAAUUAUAUAUUACAUCGAAGUAUGGCCUGGUUCAGCUGUCCCUACACAGGUGUGAUACGUACGGGAAGGCGUGUACUGACUGUUGCCUUGCACGAGACCCAUAUUGCGCCUGGGAUGGAAACUCCUGCACUCGAUAUGUACCGACAUCUAAAAGACGCGCAAGAAGACAAGAUGUGAAGAAUGGCGACCCUAUGACACAGUGCUGGGAUAUUGAUGACAGUACUACCCAUGAAACCGCAGAGGAAAAAGUGAUAUUUGGAAUUGAAUUCAAUUCUACGUUUCUGGAAUGCAUCCCAAAAUCCCAGCAAGCAUCUAUCAAGUGGUACAUUCAGCGCACCGGGGAGGAACACCAGGAAGAGAUAACAUGUGACGAAAGGGUUAUUAAAACGGAAUAUGGGCUCCUGAUCCGCAGUUUACAAAAGAAAGAUUCUGGGAUGUAUUACUGUAAGGCUCAAGAACAUACAUUUGUUCACACUAUUAUGAAACUCAACGUAAAAGUGAUUGAAAACGAACAAAUGGAAAACACUCAAAAGAUGGAAGAUGAAGAGGGAAGAAGCCGGGAUUUAAUAACAGAGUCUAGACAGAGGUACAAAGAUUACUUACAGAUCCUCAGUAGUCCAAACUUCAGUUUAGACGAAUACUGUGAACAGAUGUGGCACAAAGAGAAAAAGAAGCCGCGCAACAAAGGUGGAGCAAAAUGGAAGCACGUCCAAGAGAUUAAGAAGAACAGAAACAGAAGACAUCAUGAGCACCGAGAUGGCCGGAUAUUACCGGCAUAGACCAAUUCUUCAUAAGGACUUCUAAAUAUGUAGCUCUUUUUGUACAGUGUAUUUCUCCUAAUGAUAUUACUUUUCAGUCUAGAAGAUGGGAACCAAACAGACAAUGUAGUAUCAAGUGUAUCAUAGACAAGUGAAGAUAAUUCACAGUUUUUUGUCUUUUUUUAUUUUUUUUAUUUUAUUAUAUCAUUGGGAAAAUUGAGUGGGUUUUAAAUAUACUUUUUUGUGUAAUGUGGAUACGUAUGUUUUUGUGUGUAGCUUUAUUACUUGGGUUAAGUUAAGUGGUCAUUCAGACUUUUAUUUAUUGAUCUAUGUUAUUUAGGUGUUUUGCAUUAUUUUCCUUUUGUAAGUUAUAAAUUAAUAAUGGGAUAUUUUUUUUAAACUGUUUACUUUGUUCUUUUUUUUUUUUCUUUCUAUUUUUUCUUUUUUUUUUUUUAAGGAUUUUUUUAAACUACCCAGCAGCCGAUUAGUAAAUAAAAAAUAAUGUAACUCCAACGUUCCAUUAAUGUUUCAGUAUCAAUAUCUAAAUAAACAAAAUCUUUGUAUAUUGUGUUGAAAUUAGUAAUUAGAUUUUUAUAUAUUUUUUAUAUAUAUAUAUAAUGAUGACAAUUAGUUUUCUAAGCUUUUUAUUUCAUUCAAUGUAAAUACAUAUUUGGAACAGUGUUAAGUAUCAUUGAUCUUGAAUAAUAGCCCCUUUUACAGCUGGACUUUCAGGUCAACUAGGUGGGAGCAUAUUUCCUCUCAAUAACGAAUUUGGCAUCCAACAACUUAAUAAAUAUAUUAAAUUAAGGUCUUAGAACAUAAUUUCACUUGUCCAAGACCCUAAACUCAAAAUGGGAAUGUAUGACCAAAUUACCACCACUAUAAAUUUUGGUUUAUAUCAAUUAAAUUUGUUAUUUUAUUCUGACAA